UAGAAAUCCAAGAUGGUGGAAUAGAAAACCAAAAAUCUAAAACUUUCUAAUUUUUUGAGAAUAUUAUUGUAAUUAAGUUAAUAACUAGAAGAAAACAACAAAGCGACCAUGUCAAGAGCUCAAGCAGAGAGUGUCAUAAAGAAUAUAAUCAGGGAAAUAGCCCAAGAAUGUGCAGCAAAGGGUCAAGCAGUUUCAGAGACACUUGUAGCCUUUAUGGUUAAAGCUGUUGUGUUGAAUCCAUCAAAUGAGUUCAAUGUGGACCGCACUCUAACAAAAGAUGAUGUACAGAAACUCAUCAAGAUCUGUGUGGAUAAACUCUUGGAUAGCAGGUCACCUUCCCUAGACACAAUUAAGAUGCAGGUUUACUUUGAUAUGAACUACACAACCAGAGAUGAAUUUCUGGAUGAGCAUCGCAGAGUGCUUGACUCCCGACUACAGCCAGUAAUCAGGGAGAUAACGGACAGUAGGGCACGUACCAGGGAAGAACUCGAGAGCCUCUACAGGAAGAUUGUAUCAGCAGUUCUACUAAGAUCUGGACUAGGGAGCCCCACAGACAUAGCGGUUGUUAGAGAGGCCACUGCUGCAUUGCAAAGUGUGUUUCCUCAGACUGAGCUAGGCACUUUUAUGUCUCUAAAUAAACGUGACAAGGAAAGGCAACUUCAAGAGUUGACUGCGAUUGUCACUGGCAUUAGACUCUUCAACAAGGAGUGUGGAAAGGGAGGAGAAGGCAUUGAUGAUUUGCCAGCAAUAUUGAAUGAAGCUGUACCUGCUACAACACAACAGGUUGAUAUAGAGAUCCAGACUACAGCUAGGACUGCAUACAAAUACACAGCACUUAUUGAGAAAUUGUUGCUGGACAAGUCAUUUGAGGGUUUGUCGAUGCAACUUCUCAAGGAAGCUCUCAUAAAUGCCAGACAACAUGAAUCUUUCCUGAGGAUCAUUCUGAAUGAUGUUAUUGAGUGUGCCCAACAAGUGGAGUCACUUGAGAACAACUUGGCAGCAAAGAUGGAGAUGAUACAAGCCACUGUACAGUCCAAGACUGCAGUGCCUACUGCACAGGUGUACCCACAAUUCAUCACUCUAUCGCAGAUCUGGAGUGCAUUCCAAGAUGAGAUGGUUCUCCUAAGUGUUCUUAGUAACAUUUUGGCCAGCUUAGAGCCAUUCACAAGGGGUCACAGGGAGAUCUUUAGUGAUGAUGUCCUCGCUCCAUUCCUAGAUGGCGCCUCUGUGCGAUCAGAUGAACAACGGAUGCAGGAAGUAUCGGGUAACCGUGUAGUGCCUAAAGAACUCAGACAUAGUUAUCUUCAGGGCCAGGAGUGGUUAUUCCCUGAGACCGCAAAGAACUUUCACAGGCUUCCUUUACAAUAUAAGGGUUACUGUGGCUUUGCAUUGGUGAAGUUUGACCGUCUCCUACUGCCAUCUAACCCAGAGAUAGGUGUCUUAAGACACAAAGACAGAUACUAUGCCUUCUCUAGUAGAAAGGCAGCAGAGGAGUUCUCAGAAAAUCCUGAUGGUUUUGCUGGCAUGGUGGUAGAAGCAACAAAGAAAAGCCCAGAGUUGAUACAGCUGCUAGAGUUACACACACAGUUUGCAAGUAUCACACCUUAUGCACAGGGCCAAGGUCCUGGAGGUAAACUGAUAGAGAAACCUGUCACAAAAUGUGACAGUGGCACUCAGACUGAUACACAUAUCCUAGAGCCAAACAUUGUCAAGUCAUAUGAAUGGAAUGAGUGGGAGCUAAGACGUAAAGCUAUCAAACUGGCUAAUUUGCGGACGAAGGUGACACAUUCUCAGCAGACCAACCUGAGCAAUCUUCGGCGUGAUAAUGUCACACAAGUCUACCUACCAAAAGAAAAUGUUACCCAGACAAAGCGUGACAACUAUAGCAAUGUUCCUCGCCCGCAGGUGUUCCUUGCGGGUCUUAGAGGAGGUGGCAUGUCUGUGCCUACUGAUAUGACCAAAAUGGAUCUCACCCUUGAUGUUGACCAGACCUAAUACAAUGAAGGAUGAUUCAGAGGAUUAUAUAAAUGACACACCAAGGACAAAAAUAAUUAUUUUUUAUCUCUGUUUUAAUGCUUCUAUUUAUCUCCUGUGAUAAAUAUGUUUGGUAAUUAUGAGGAUCUUUUAAUGAUGUAUUUCAAAACAAGUUUCAUAACAAAUUUCAUAAGCCUUGAUACAUACAAGUAUUUCCUAUGAAAAAAAACUUGAUAAAUAUAAACCCUUUAUUGAUAAACAUAUAUUUCCUAUAUGACAUUGUAAACAUUAGAUCUAGAGUGAAAACAGGGGCUAGAUCCAAGACUAGCUAUGAAAACUUUAAAAUACAUAUGCAGUUAACAAUAACAUUCCUUCUUUGAUUGGGUUCAGGAUAUAAUAUGAAGCGAAAUUAUACAUCUUUCAUUGUUUAUAAAUCCUAUAAAAUUGCUGCCCAGGUAACUUGGAUUGGAGUAUUUUGUAUCUGAAUCAUUAUUUUGUUGAUGGAGUGAAAAGUAUUUCAAAUGUAUAUUAUUUCCAUUCUGUAAAUAAAAUCACCACAUAAUUUAAAACAUUUUUGUUACUUUAAUUAUGUCAAAACCAGAAGUGGUGACAUACUGUUGUAGUUUCCAACAUUUUUGUGGGUUUGGGGUUCAGGCUAUGCAACUUUUUACA